AUGUCGCAAAGCCUACCUGGACGAACUCCAGAGCCGAUUCUAUCGUACCAGUCUCUGUUCCAUGUUGGCACGGAGUUUCCUCGCUUCACUGUGACUUAUCGCUGGUGGGAGGAUGAAGCUACGACUGUGCUGUGGGCUUUCAAAGUGCCCGAGAUCCGCCAGGUCAUCCGUUAUGGACUCUUUCGCGACGAGAACUAUGCACGUAACUCGUUGCUGAGUCGCAAUGCGGACGCGAUUGAUGCGUUUCUUGUUGCGCUCUCAGAGCCCCAUGAACACAAAGUCCUCGCGAAUCUAUCCCACAUGCAGAGGGUAGAGGAAAUCUUGCGACGUUCGAGUAUCUCGCCGUUUCAGCCCAUUCCAUGGGGCUGGUUCCCUCUGCCUCCAGGGCAUUCGCUCGACGCCCGAACGAUCGCUGCGGCAAUGGAGGCUGAGAGUCAAUUUCAAUUCAGCAGAAUUGCAUUUGAGGAAAUUGUGCGCGCCUCUCUUGGGUACAGCGCCGUCUCAGUCGAGUGGUUCCUGCUUCAGCAUACCCAUCUCUACAUUCAUCUCUUGGAUCAUCUGCAGACUUACCCUGAAGAGAUCCCUCUUUACAUCGAUGUGGAAAAACUAUUGCGAAACCGAAGCCCAUUCGCCCAUCGAGCCCUUGUGCAGUGCAUGCUCAUUGCUCACCCAGAAGCAGCACUCGAUAUGCCACAAUCUACAGACCUUGGCUUCAAUUUUAUUGCCGGUCCAAUUCAACGCCUUUUCAAAGAUCAGCCGCCCAGUCUGACGACCAUCCUGAGGAUCUUUAGUGUCUUGGCUAUCCGCUUUCGACAGCAGUACAUCCACACGUCCAAAAUAAAAUGGCAUGCACCCUUUAACACGGAAAUCUUAUUUUUGGAAGACUGCUUGAAUUCGACAUCAGCCAUGGAUCUGGCCCGUACCCUGACAGGUACCGACGAGAUGGACUUUUCCAGCUUGUCGCGGCAGAGUAUCGUGGCAGAUGACGUUGUGGUUAAGAGACUACUGGGCAACUGGCAUUCUCUCAGUGUCUCCGUCUGGGAAUGCUGUUCCUCACUCCCUGAUAUUAUGAUCCCAUAUUUGCGCGAAUGUGCACAGAUCCUCUUUGAUAAGUGCAAUUACCACUCUCUAACGGCAAUCUUGCAUGGAAUGCACCGGUAUAGCAUUUCCACGGCGCGAUCCCGCGGCUUGAACAGCACUGUUGGAGGAAUGGUCGUUCUCGAUCCUAUUCUCCCACCAGAAACAACAUUUCUCACCAUUCCAACCCAGAACUAUGCCGCUUACCGUCAACACUACCGUGAGUAUCCGGGUAUUCCAUUCCUACUGCCACAUCUUCGUGACCACCAUCAAAAUGGCGAAGGCGUCCUCCAGCCACUCAUUCAAUACCUGCAAAAUGAACACAUGUCCAAGGCCUGA